AUGGAACAGAAUGCUUUUCGACCGCGGGAUCUGCUUAACAAAGAGGUUGCCGGAAUCUGUGGAGUCGCAAGGUUGACAGAUAAAGCGCGGGCUGCCCACGCUGGGGAAAUCGGAAGUUAUAAAUACGGUGCUGCUUCCAAGCAAGAUAUGGGGAUUUUAUCCUUCCUCGGUAUCUCAGCAGAAGUUUUUCAGGAAGCCGCUGUGAAAAUUGACAAUGAUGUCAGACUGGGUGCGUGGGUUUUGGAUAACUGUGGAAGAUCAGAUAAAGACCUCUCCACGUUCAAUCCGAUCGCGUUGCUCAGAGGACUCGGGGCAUCCGCUGUUAAAGGCAUCGCGCUUGUCAUUGGGCUCCUGACGUUUAUUGCCUCGUUGGGGCUUUACACCGGGUUUGACGCGACGACUGCAACGUUCCAAAAUGUUACGCAGCAAGCAUGGAUUCCCGGUUUAGGGACAAGCUACCAUAUCGGUAUUGAUGGUAUUUCGCUGUGGUUGGUGCUGCUUACGACUUUCCUAACACCGUUGUGUAUCCUUGCCGCAUGGAACUCGGUUGAGAAAGGGCUAAGCGGUUUUAUGAUGUCGCUCCUCGCCCUCGAAACUGGGAUGUUGGGUGUCUUCUGUGCUUUGGAUCUGUUCCUCUUUUUUGUAUUUUGGGAGUCGAUGCUGAUUCCAAUGUACUUCCUCAUCGGUAUUUGGGGUGGAGAACGUCGAAUUUAUGCGACUGUGAAGUUCGUUCUUUAUACAAUGGCGGGCAGUGCGCUAAUGCUUGUUGGCAUCUUGGUACUGUACUUCCAAAACAACAAUAGUUUCGAUUUCACGACGCUCAGCGGUCCGUUUGAACAUUCACAUCUAUUGUUCUUGGCGUUUUUCAUUGCAUUUGCCAUUAAGGUUCCGCUCUUUCCGUUCCACACGUGGCUACCAGAUGCCCACGUUGAAGCUCCUACGGCGGGAAGUGUAAUCCUUGCUGGGGUGCUGCUAAAAAUGGGGACUUAUGGGAUAAUCCGAUUUUGUCUACCACUCUUUCCCGAUGCAGCGACUGAAUUCACUCCGUUGAUUGUGCCACUUGCUGUAAUUGGCAUCAUUUAUGGAGCAUUGGUGGCGAUGGUUCAACCAGAUCUGAAAAAACUGGUCGCAUAUUCCAGUGUGAGCCACCUCGGUUUUGUGGUAUUGGGGCUUUUUUCAAAAAACCCCAUCGGUAUUCAAGGAAGCGUCUUGCAAAUGAUUAAUCACGGCUUGAGCACAGGCGCGUUGUUCCUUUUGGUCGGAAUGAUUUAUGAACGACGACACAGCAGAAUGAUUGUAGAUUUCGGGGGGUUGGCAAAGCGAAUGCCGAUCUUUGCUACAAUUUUUAUGGUUGUGACGUUAUCGUCAAUUGGGCUACCGGGUUUGAAUGGAUUCGUCGGCGAAUACAUGAUACUGCUUGGUAGUUUUGUUCAGGGAGCGUUCUCGAAGGUAUAUGUAGUUCUGGCAACAGCAGGUGUGAUUCUGGCAGCUGUCUAUAUGUUGUGGAUGUUCCAACGGGUGAUGUUUGGGACACUGGAUAAGACAAAUGAAGAUUUGCCUGAUCUGAACGCACGCGAGAUCGUUGUGAUGCUUCCGAUACUGCUGUUCAUCUUCUGGAUCGGCGUUUAUCCAAAACCUUUCUUGAGUAAGAUAGAGAAAUCAGUAGGACUUGUCGUGACGCAGGUGCAAACCGAACCUACUAUGGGGCGCGCCGGAGAACAAAUACUACAAGACACCGAACUCGCUCUACAGGGAACACAGCGCGUUCAGCACGAAAAGAUUGAAAAGGAGGCAGAGACGAAGUAA